CCCGCUGCCCUGGCUGGGAGGAUGGUCGCGUCCGGCCGCCGCGCCCGCCGCUCCGGGGCCCGCUAGGCGGGGACGAGCGGGGCGCGGGGCCCAUGCGAGCGGCGGGGCGCGGGCCGGGCGCGCACACACCUGCCGGCCGCAGCCCCGCGGGGCCCCGCAGGCGCCGGGCGCCCCCGAGCAGACGCGGCGCGUGGACUCGCCGCAGACAUGACUGCGCCGCUCGGGCUCGCGGGGCCGCUGCUCCUGUGCGCCGGGCUCCUCGCCGCCGCCAACGGACAGAACUGCGGAGGCCUGGUGCAGGGCCCCAACGGCACCAUCGAGAGUCCCGGCUUCCCCCACGGCUACCCCAACUACGCCAACUGCACGUGGAUCAUCCUCACGGGAGAGCGGAACCGGAUACAGCUCUCCUUCCACACCUUCGCCCUGGAGGAAGACUUCGAUAUUUUAUCCGUGUAUGACGGACAACUGCAGCAGGGCAACCUGAAAGUGAGGCUGUCCGGCUUCCAGCUACCUUCCUCCAUUGUGAGCAGCGGCUCCAUCCUCACCCUUUGGUUCACCACGGACUUCGCUGUGAGCGCUCAAGGCUUCAAGGCGCUGUACGAAGUGUUACCGAGCCACACGUGUGGGAACCCCGGGGAGAUCCUGAAAGGCGUUCUCCACGGCACGCGCUUCAACAUCGGGGACAAGGUCCGCUACAGCUGCCUCUCGGGCUACAUCCUGGAAGGUCACGCCACCCUCACCUGCAUCAUCAGCCCCGGCAACGGUGCAUCCUGGGACUUCCCCGCUCCCUUCUGCAGAGCCGAGGGCUCCUGCGGGGGCACCCUGAGGGGCACCAGCAGCGGCAUCUCCAGCCCCCACUUCCCCUCGGAGUACGAGAACAACGCUGACUGCACCUGGACCAUCCUGGCCGAGCCCGGGGACACCAUCGCCUUGGUCUUCACCGACUUCCAGCUCGAGGAAGGCUACGACUUCCUGGAGAUCAGCGGGACAGAAGCCCCAUCCAUCUGGCUCACAGGCAUGAACCUCCCGUCCCCCGUCAUCAGCAGCAAGAACUGGCUGCGCCUCCACUUCACGACCGACAGCAACCACCGGCGCAAGGGCUUCAGCGCGCAGUUCCAAGUGAAAAAGGCCAUCGAGCUGAAGUCGCGGGGUGUGAAGCUGCUGCCCGGCAAGGACAGCAACCACAAGAUCUCUGUCUUGAGCCAGGGAGGUGUGGCCUUAGUCUCUGACACCUGCCCAGACCCGGGAACUCCAGAAUACGGCCGAAGAGCAGGCUCUGACUUCAGGGUCGGGGCCAGUGUCCACUUCUCAUGCGAGGACAGCUACGUACUCCAGGGCUCCAAGAGCAUAACCUGCCAGAGGGUGACCGAGACACUGGCUGCCUGGAGUGACCACCGGCCCAUUUGUCGAGCCAGGACGUGUGGCUCGAACCUGCGAGGGCCCUCGGGCAUCAUCACCUCCCCAAACUACCCCGUCCAGUACGAGGACAACGCGCAAUGUGUGUGGGUCAUCACCACCUCGGACCCCGACAAGGUCAUCAAACUCGCCUUUGAGGAGUUCGAGCUGGAGCGCGGCUAUGACACCCUCACGGUCGGCGAUGCAGGGAAAGUGGGCGACACCAGGACUGUUUUGUACGUCCUCACAGGCUCGAGCGUGCCCGACCUCAUCGUCAGCCUGAGCAACCAGAUGUGGCUGCACCUCCAGUCGGACGACAGCAUCGCCUCGCCCGGCUUCAAGGCCGUCUACCAAGAAAUCGAGAAGGGGGGCUGCGGGGACCCAGGCAUCCCUGCCUACGGGAAGCGAACGGGAAGCAGCUUUCUCCAUGGGGACUCGCUCACAUUUGAGUGCCAGGCGGCCUUCGAGCUGGUGGGCGAGCGGGUGAUCACGUGCCAGCAGAACAACCAGUGGUCGGGGAACAAGCCCAGCUGCGUGUUCUCGUGUUUCUUCAACUUCACGGCCUCCUCGGGCGUUAUCCUCUCCCCAAACUACCCGGAGGAGUACGGCAACAACAUGAACUGUGUGUGGCUCAUCAUCGCUGAGCUGGGCAGCAGAAUCCAUCUCAUCUUCAACGACUUCGACGUGGAGCCCCAGUUCGACUUCCUGGCCGUGAAGGAGGACAGCGUCUCUGAGGUCACCGUGCUGGGGACAUUCUCAGGCAAUGAGGUGCCUCCCCAGCUGGCCAGCAGCGGACACAUCGUGCGCCUGGAAUUCCAGUCCGACCACUCCACCACAGGCAGAGGGUUCAACAUCACAUACACAACAUUUGGCCAAAACGAGUGCCAUGACCCAGGAAUCCCCACCAACGGACGGCGGUUUGGGGACCGCUUCCUCCUGGGGAGCUCCGUGUCCUUCCACUGUGACGAUGGCUUUGUGAAGACGCAGGGCUCCGAGUCUAUCACCUGCAUCCUACAGGACGGGAAUGUGGUCUGGAGCGCCAGUGUCCCCCGAUGCGAAGCCCCGUGUGGUGGACACCUGACGGCCUCCAGCGGGGUUAUCCUGCCCCCCGGGUGGCCGGGAUAUUAUAAAGAUUCUUUAAAUUGCGAGUGGAUCAUUGAAGCAAAGCCAGGACACUCCAUCAAGAUCACUUUUGAUAGGUUUCAGACCGAGGUGAACUACGACAUCCUGGAGGUGCGGGAUGGGCCAGCAGGCUCAUCGCCCCUCAUUGGGGAGUUCCAUGGCACGCAAGCCCCCCAGUUCCUCAUCAGCACUGGCAGCUUCAUGCACCUGCUCUUCAGCACCGACAGCAGCCGCUCCAGCGUGGGCUUCCUCAUCCACUACGAGAGUGUCACUCUGGAGUCCGACUCCUGCCUUGACCCUGGCAUCCCUGUCAAUGGCCACCGGCACGGCGGCAGCUUCAGCAUUGGGUCCACGGUGACCUUCAGCUGUGACCCUGGCUACACGCUGAGUGCUGAUGAGCCACUGGUGUGCGACAGCAACCACCAGUGGGACCACGUGCUGCCCAGCUGUGAUGCUCUGUGUGGAGGCUACAUCCAGGGAAAGAGUGGAACCAUCCUUUCUCCCGGCUUUCCCGACUUCUACCCAAACUCCCUGAACUGCACGUGGACCAUCGAAGUCUCCCAUGGGAAAGGCGUGCAGCUGAGCUUCCAUACCUUCCACCUGGAGAGCUCCCACGACUACCUGCUCAUCACAGAGGACGGCGGCUUCUCAGAGCCUGUGGCUCGGCUCACUGGCUCGGUGCUGCCUCACACUGUCAAGGCGGGCUUGUUCGGGAACUUCACGGCCCAGCUGCGUUUCAUCUCCGACUUCUCCAUCUCCUACGAGGGCUUCAACGUCACCUUCUCAGAGUACGACCUCGAACCCUGUGAUGACCCGGGUGUGCCCGCCUUCAGUCGGAGGAUCGGCUUCCAGUUCGGCGUGGGGGACUCGCUGGCCUUCUCCUGCUUCCCUGGGUACCGCUUAGAAGGUGCAACCAAGCUUACGUGCCUGGGUGGGGGCCGCCGUGUGUGGAGUGCGCCUCUGCCAAGGUGUGUGGCUGAAUGUGGAGCCAGUGUCAAAGGGAACGAAGGUACCUUGCUGUCCCCGAACUUCCCGUCCAACUACGACAACCACCACGAGUGCAUCUACCGGAUAGAGACAGAGCCUGGCAAGGGCGUGCGGCUCCGAGCGCAGAGCUUCCAGCUCUUUGAGGGGGACGUCCUCAAGGUGUUCGAUGGGAGGGACAGCUCUGCCCGCCCACUGGGUGCCUUCUCCAGAAAUGAGCUCUCGGGGCUGGUCCUGAACAGUACGUCCAACCACCUGUGGCUAGAGUUCAACACCAACGGCUCAGGCACAGCGCCCGGCUUCCAGCUCACCUACACCAGCUUUGAUCUGCUCAAGUGUGAGGACCCAGGGACCCCCAACUACGGCUACAGGAUCCGGGACGAAGGGCACUUCUCGGACACGGCCGUGGUGUACAGCUGCAACCCCGGCUAUGCCAUGCGGGGCAGCAGUAGCCUCACCUGCCUGAGUGGAGACCGCAGGGUGUGGGACCAGCCGGUGCCCACCUGCGUGGCGGAGUGCGGGGGCCGGAUCCAGGCGGCCACCUCCGGGCGCAUCCUGUCUCCAGGCUACCCUGCGCCCUACGACAACAACCUGCACUGCACGUGGGUGAUCGAGGCGGACCCGGGCAGGACCAUCAGCCUGCACUUCAUCGUGUUUGACACGGAGCUGGCACACGACAUCUUGAAGGUGUGGGACGGGCCACUGGACAGCGCCAUCCUGCUGAAGGAGUGGAGCGGCUCGGCACUGCCCGGCGACACCCAUAGCACCUUCAACUCACUCACGCUGCAGUUCUCCAGCGACUUCUUCAUCAGCAAGUCCGGCUUCUCCAUCCAGUUCUCCACCUCUGUCGCAUCCACCUGCAACGACCCGGGCAUGCCCCAGAACGGCACUCGCUAUGGGGACAGCCGAGAGCCGGGAGACACCGUCACCUUCCAGUGUGACUCCGGCUACCAGCUGCAAGGGCAGGCGAAGGUGACCUGCGUGCAGCUCAACAGCCGCUUCUUCUGGCAGCCGGACCCUCCCACAUGCAUCGCGGCGUGUGGCGGGAAUCUGACGGGGCCAGCGGGCGUCAUCUUGUCCCCCAACUACCCGCAGCCCUACCCCCCUGGGAAGGAGUGUGACUGGAGGAUCAGGGUGAACCCCGACUUCGUCAUCGCCUUAAUCUUCAAAAGCUUCAACAUGGAGCCCAGCUAUGACUUCCUGCACAUCUACGAGGGUGACGACUCCAACAGCCCCCUGGUGGGCAGCUUCCAGGGCACGCAGGCACCUGAGAGGAUCGAGAGCAGUGGCAACAGCCUCUUCCUGGCCUUCCGCAGUGACGCCUCCGUGGGCUUGUCGGGGUUUGCCAUCGAGUUCAAAGAGAAGCCUCGGGAAGCCUGUUUCGACCCUGGAAACAUCAUGAAUGGGACGAGGAUUGGGUCCGACUUCAAGCUGGGCUCCACCGUGACUUACCAGUGUGACUCUGGCUACAGGAUGGGGGACCCACCCUCUAUCAGCUGUGUGAUCGGGGCAGAUGGCAAACCCGCCUGGAGCCACGCACUGCCUGCCUGCAGCGCUCCCUGUGGAGGCCAGCACACAGGGUCAGAGGGCGUGGUCCUGUCUCCGAACUACCCGCAUAACUACACAGCUGGUCAGAUCUGCCUCUACUCCAUCACGGUGCCCAAGGAAUUCGUGGUAUUUGGACAGUUUGUCUAUUUCCAGACAACGCGGAACGAUUUGGUAGAACUGUUCGAUGGAGCAAGCCCUCAGGCCAGACUUCUCAGCUCCCUCUCUGGAUCUCACUCAGGUGAGACGUUACCUUUGGCAACUUCGAAUCAAAUUCUCCUUCGAUUCAGCGCAAAGAGUGGAGCGUCUGCCCGGGGCUUCCACUUUGUCUACCAAGCUGUCCCCCGCACCAGUGACACCCAAUGCAGCUCGGUGCCCGAGCCCAGGUACGGCCGGAGAAUCGGGCUGGAGUUCUCCGCGGGGUCCAUCGUCCGGUUCGAGUGUAACCCGGGAUACCUGCUGCAAGGCUCCACAGCCAUCCGCUGCCGGGCAGUGCCCAAUGCCCUGGCCCAGUGGAACGACACGGUGCCCAGCUGCGUGGUUCCCUGCAGCGGCAACUUCACGCAGAGGCGGGGAACCAUCCUCUCCCCUGGGUACCCAGAGCCCUACGGGAACAACCUAAACUGUGUCUGGAAAAUCAUAGUCACUGAGGGAUCAGGAAUUCAGAUCCAAGUGAUCAGCUUUGCCACGGAGCAGAACUGGGACUCUCUGGAGAUCUACGACGGGGGAGGCCUGUCCUCCCCGCGGCUGGGGAGUUUCUCAGGGACCACAGUGCCUGCUCUGCUCAACAGCACCUCCAACCAGCUCUACCUGCACUUCCAGUCGGACAUCAGCGUGGCGGCUGCGGGCUUUCACCUGGAAUACAAAACCGUGGGCCUCGCUGCCUGCCAGGAGCCUGCCAUGCCCAGCAAUGCCAUCAAGACGGGCGAUCGCUACAUGGUCAACGACGUCGUGUCCUUCCAGUGUGAGCCCGGCUACACACUGCAGGGCCGCUCCCACAUCUCCUGCAUGCCGGGGACCGUCCGCCGCUGGAACUACCCGUCUCCACUCUGCAUCGCCGCCUGUGGGGGGACGCUGACCAGCCUGGGUGGCGUGAUCCUGAGCCCUGGCUUUCCCGGUGCAUACCCCAACAACCUGGACUGUGUCUGGAGGAUCUCCCUGCCUGUGGGCUAUGGCGUCCACAUCCAGUUCCUGAACUUUUCCACAGAGGCAAACCACGACUACCUGGAGAUCCAGAAUGGGCCGUUCCACACCAGUCCCAUGAUUGGGCAGUUCAGCGGCCCUGACCUGCCCGCAGCCCUCCUGAGCACCACCCACGAGACACUCGUGCGCUUUUCCAGCGACCAUUCACAGAACCGCCAAGGCUUCAAGCUCGCCUACCAAGCCUACGAGCUGCAGAACUGCCCAGACCCACCCCCGCUUCAGAAUGGCUACAUGGUCAGCUCGGACUACAGCGUGGGCCAGUCUCUGUCCUUCCAGUGCUACCCCGGCUACAUCCUGAUUGGCCACCCAGUUCUCACGUGCCAGCACGGCAGCAACAGGAACUGGAACCACCCCUUUCCCCGGUGUGACGCUCCCUGUGGCUACAACAUCACGGCGCAGAAUGGGACCAUCUACUCACCCGGCUUCCCCGACGAGUACCCCAUCCUGAAGGACUGCACCUGGCUGGUCACGGUGCCCCCCGGCCACGGGGUCUACAUCAACUUCUCUCUGCUGCAGACGGAGGCCGUGAACGACUACAUUGCCGUGUGGGACGGGCCAGACCCCAACGCCCCACAGCUGGGCAUUUUCAGCGGGAACACGGCCCUGGAGACGGCGUACAGCUCCACCAACCAAGUGCUGCUCAAGUUCCACAGUGACUUCUCCAAUGGCGGCUUCUUCGUGCUCAACUUCCAGGCCUUUCAGCUGAAGAAAUGCCCACCACCCCCAGCUGUGCCACGGGCAGAAAUGCUCACAGAGGAUGAGGACUUUGAGAUAGGAGACUUUGUGAAGUACCAGUGCCACCCGGGGUACACGCUGUCGGGGCCCGACAUGCUCUCCUGCAAGCUCAGUGCCCAGCUGCAAUUUGAAGGGCCACUGCCAACCUGCGAAGCACAAUGCCCAGCUAACGAAGUCCGCACGGACUCCUCCGGCGUGAUCCUCAGUCCUGGCUACCCUGGCAACUACUUCAACUCGCAGACGUGCUCCUGGAGCAUCCGGGUGGAGCCCCAGUACAAUAUCACCCUCCUGGUGGACACCUUCCAGAGCGAGAGGCAGUUCGAUGCCCUGGAAGUGUUUGACGGUUCUUCUGGCCAGAGUCCGCUUCUGGUGGUCCUCAGCGGCAACCUCACAGAGCAAUCCAACUACACCAGCAGGAGCAACCAGCUCUACCUCCGCUGGUCCACAGACCAUGCCACCAGCAAGAAGGGCUUCAAGAUCCGCUACUCAGCGCCCUACUGCAGCCUGACGCACACCCUGAGGAACGGGGGUGUCCUGAACAGGACGGCAGGCACGCUCGGCAGCAGGGUGCAGUACUUCUGCAAGCCCGGGUACAGGAUGGUCGGCCCCAGCAACGCCACCUGCAGACGCAGCCCCCUGGGCCUGUACCAGUGGGAUGCACUCGCCCCUGUCUGCCAGGCUGUGUCCUGUGGGAUCCCGGAGAGCCCGGGAAACGGCUCCUUCUCAGGCAGCGAGUUCACGCUGGACAGCAAAGUCACCUACGCAUGCCAUGAGGGCUUCUCCCUGGAGGCGGGACAGCAGGCGACAGCCGUGUGCAUGGAGGACGGACAGUGGAGCAACCGGGGCCGCCCCCCCACCUGCCGCCCGGUCACCUGCCCAGGGAUCGAGGCCCAGCUCUCGGAGCAUGUCACCUGGCGGCUGCUGUCGGGCGCCCUGAACGAGUACGGUGCACAGGUGGUGCUGAGCUGCAGCCCCGGCUACAGCCUGGAGGGCCGCCGGCUGCUGCAGUGCCAGGCCAACGGCACGUGGAGUGUGGGAGAGGAGCGGCCACGCUGUCGAGUCAUCUCGUGCGGCCGCCUCUCCUCCCCACCCAAUGGCAACAAGAUCGGGACGCUAACAGUGUUUGGGGCCACGGCCAUCUUCACCUGCAACACGGGCUACACGCUGGUGGGCUCCCACGUGCGCCAGUGCCUGGCCAACGGGCUGUGGGGUGGCUCUGAGACUCGCUGCCUGGCCGGCCACUGCGGCUCUCCUGACCCCAUUGUGAACGGCCACAUAAGCGGGGAUGGCUUCAGCUACCGGGACACGGUGGUAUACCAGUGCAACCCCGGCUUCCGCCUGGUGGGCACCUCCGUCAGGAUCUGUUUGCAAGACCACAAGUGGUCUGGACAGACACCCGUGUGUGUCCCCAUCACCUGCGGCCACCCUGGGAACCCCGCCCGUGGCCUCACCAAUGGCUCCGAGUUCAACCUGAACGAUGUGGUGAACUUCACCUGCACCGCCGGCUACCUGCUGCAGGGCGCGGCCAGGGCACAGUGUCGCAGCAGUGGGCAGUGGAGCAGCGCUCUGCCCACCUGCCGAGUUGUGAACUGCUCAGACCCAGGCUUCGUGGAGAACGCCGUUCGCCAUGGCCAGCAGAGUGUCCCCGAGAGCUUUGAGUAUGGCAUGAGCGUCAUGUACCACUGCAAGAAGGGCUUUUACCUGCUGGGCUCCUCAGUGCUCACCUGCAUGGCCAACGGCCUGUGGGACCGCUCUCGUCCCAAGUGUCUGAGGAUAACGUGUGGGCACCCCGGGGUUCCUGCUGAUGCCAUCCUGACUGGGGAAGUGUUCACUUACGAGGCUGUGGUCCACUACUCAUGCAAAGGGAGCCAGAGCCUGGUAGGCAACGGCACCAGAGUCUGCCAGGAGAACAGCCACUGGAGCGGGGCUCUGCCCCACUGUGCCGGAAACAACCCUGGGUUCUGCGGGGACCCCGGAACCCCGGCACAUGGCUCUCGGCUUGGAGAUGAGUUCAAGGUCAAGAGCCUCCUGCGCUUCUCCUGUGAGGUGGGCUACCAGCUGCGGGGCUCCGCGGAGCGGACGUGCUUGCACAAUGGCUCCUGGUCGGGGCUGCAGCCUGCAUGUGAGGCUGUGUCCUGCGGGAACCCAGGCACACCCACCAACGGCAGGAUCGUGAGUAGCGAUGGCACCCUCUUCUCCAGCUCCGUGGUCUACGCCUGCUGGGAGGGCUACCACACUGCAGGGCUGACCACACGUCACUGCACGGCCAACGGCACCUGGACCGGCACCGCCCCUGACUGCACAGUCAUCAGCUGUGGGGACCCGGGCGGUCUGGCCAACGGCCUCCAGUUUGGGACUGACUUCACCUUCAACAAGACUGUGAGUUACCAGUGCAACCCCGGCUUCCUGAUGGAGCCCGCUGCCGCCCCCGCCCUCCGUUGCACCAAAGAUGGGACCUGGAACCACAGCAAGCCCCGCUGCAAAGCCGUGCUGUGCGGGCCGCCCCCCGCUGUCCCCCAGGGCACCGUGGAGGGCACGGACUUCCGCUGGGGCGCCAGCAUCAGCUACCGCUGCGUGCCCGGCUUCCAGCUGUCCCACGCGGCCAUCCUGUCCUGCGAGGGCCAUGGCGUGUGGCGUGGGGACCCCCCACAGUGCCUGCCUGUGUUCUGCGGAGACCCUGGCACCCCCAGCGAGGGCCGGCUCAGCGGGACCACGUUCACCUACAGGUCUGAGGUGUCCUUCCAGUGCAAGGCCCCCUUCCUGUUGGUGGGCUCUGCCCGCAGGCUCUGCCAGGCCGAUGGCACCUGGAGCGGUGUGCAGCCCGCCUGCAUCGAUCCCGCUCACAAUGCCUGCCCAGACCCGGGGACCCCACACUUCGGCAUACAGAACAGCUCACGGGGCUAUGAGGUGGGCAGCACUGUGUUCUUCAGGUGCCGCAAGGGCUACCAUGUCCAGGGCUCCACCACACGCACGUGCCUGGCCAACCUGACCUGGAGCGGGCUGCCUGCGGAGUGCAUCCCCCACGCCUGCAGGCAGCCAGAGACUCCAGCCCACGUGGACGUCCGGGCCAUUGACCUGCCCGCCUUCGGCUACACCUUGGUCUACUCCUGCCACCCCGGCUUCUUCCUGGCCGGAGGGUCUGAACACAGGACUUGCAAAGCAGACAUGAGGUGGACGGGGAAAUCCCCCAUCUGCAAAAGUAAAGGAGUGAGAGACGUUAAUGAAACAGUUACUAAAACUCCAGUCCCCUCGGACGUGUUCUUCCUCAGCUCCGUGUGGAAGGGUCACUACGAGUACCUGGGGAAGAGGCAGCCGGCCACACUUACCGUGGACGGGUUCAAUGCCACGAGCGGCAAGGUGACGGCCACCUUCAGGGACACAGAGCAGGUGGAGCUGACGCUGGCAGGUGUGUAUAAGAAAGAAGAGGCCCACUUGCUCCUGAGAGCUUUCCAGACCAAAGGCCCAGCAGAUAUCUUCGUGAGCAAGUUUGAGAAUGACGAAUGGGCGCUGGAUGGUUAUGUAGCAUCAGGCCUUGAACGAGGAGGGUUCACUUUCCAAGGUGAUAUCAAUGGAAAGGACUUUGGGAAAUUCAAGCUGGAAAGACAAGAUCCCUCGAGCAGCGGUCCAGACCCAUCUGGCCACCCCCAGGGCACCAGCAGCGGCUCCGUGGCGGCCGCCAUCCUGGUGCCCUUCUUCGCGCUCAUUCUAUCAGGGUUUGCCUUUUACCUCUACAAACACAGGACAAGACCCAAAGUGCAGUACAACGGCUACGCCGGGCACGAGAGCAGCAACGGGCAGGCGUCCUUCGAGAACCCCAUGUAUGACACAAACUUAAAGCCCACCGAGGCGAAGGCCGUGCGCUUUGACACGACCCUGAACACAGUGUGUACUGUGGUGUAGCCACGCGUGCCCGACUCAUAGCCAUACCUCCGACGGACAAGCAGGAAUUCCUUGGUGCCAUUAACCACUGUCCCCUCCCGGCUUUGCGGACUCCCCGUCUCCCGCCGGCUGCUCUGUGUAGCUGCCAGCUCCAUGCCAGAGCCUCCGGGACGGACACAGACCUCCGAUGGAGGCCUCCCGUCGGACGGAGCCCGGGAGAGGUGGCGGCGGUGUCCGUGUGCCAGCCGGGGCGCGGCGACGUCGCCUUCCUGCCAGCCCCGG